AUGGUCGUAUUCAAAUCCAAGAGGCAGAUUGAUAUUCCUCGUCUCGAUCUCCUAUCACUCUUGUUCGACUCGGACCAGGGCUUGGCCUUGGAGGAGACCAAAAUCCAUGUGCAAGCUGCAAAUCCAUCCAACAGCAUCACCAAGGCCAAGAGCCGCAAAUUGCUGAAACAGGUGGCAUAUGUGCUUCGACACCGGUUCGGCAUUGGUGCCUCGGGACCAGGGAUCGAUGUUGUCCUUACCGUGCUCAAUGGGAGUCCAUUUGCCCCUGUUUUCUUCUAUGGCGUCGUCGCUGCUGGGGGCGUCUUUUCCGGCGCAAGCACUGAAUACCGAGUGGAAGAGUUGACCCGUCAAAUCGAGGACGGAAAGGUCACGUUGUUGGUGUGUUCACCAGAAUGCGAGGCGCGCGUGGUUCAAGCGGCCGAGGCCUGCGGCAUUGCGAGGGAGCGAGUUUUGAUUCUGGACAGCUCGAUUCCACACAGCUGGAAAUUGGUCUCUGUGGCGGACCGGUCAGACCUGCUUCAAGAAAACUCGGGAAAGAUGCUGGACUGGCAGCGCAUCACGGACCGCCGCACACUAGAGCAAGUCACGACAUGCCUAUUGUAUUCUUCUGGGACGACCGGUCUGCCCAAAGGCAUCCGCAUAUCUCACAGGGCUCUUGUAUCAAACAAUGUUUGCACCAUGGACGUCGCCCGGCGGUACAGAACGCUCUGCCAGAAGGAAGGUCGAGAGUUCACGUUCAACACCAUAGCCCAUCUGCCCAUGUCCAACAUUGCUGGGAUCAGCUUGUAUUCAACGAAUCCAUUCUACAUGGGCGGCACGACUUGGUGGAUGGAAAAGUAUGACUUUGACUCAUUUCUCGAAUACCACCGGCGUUAUCGCCCUGCGUACCAAUUCAGCGUGCCGCCGGUAUGGUUACGGAUUGCAAAGAGCGACAAGGUGACUGAUCACUUUGACGCCCUUCAGGUUGCCGUCACUGGAGCGGCCCCGAUCGGAGAAGACAUUGUGCGAGAGGUGAGGAAGAAGUUGGGUCGAGGCCGUGCUCACAUGGCUCAGACGUGGGGAACAACGGAGACGACCGGUGUCAUUACUGCCACCGAUUGGCCCGCAUAUGCGAAGGACGGAACGUGGAGCGUCGGAGAGCUAUGUCCCAAUGUCACACUCCGAGUUGUCGACGAUGACGGCCAGGACCUCGCUGAGGGUCAAACCGGAGAGCUGCUCGUUGGAGGCCCCAUCCUCGCCCAAGCAUACCACAACAGGCCACAGGCCACGCAAGAAUCGUUUCAAGACGGCUUUUAUCGCACGGGAGACAUCGGGGCGUACAAGGACGGUCAUGUUCGCAUCGUCGACCGCAAGAAAGAACUCAUCAAGUACAAGGGCUCCCAAGUUGCCCCUGCAGAGCUGGAGGCGCUCCUCACUUCUCAUCCUCGGAUUGCGGAUGCCGCGGUCAUCGGCCUGUGGCAUGAUCAGCAACAAACAGAAGUACCGUGUGCCUACGUAGUUGCUCGGCAACAAUCUGGCAGCGGAUCCAUCACAGCUCAGGAGGUGGCCGAGUUUGUGAAAAACAAAGUCGCAAGCUACAAGCAACUACGGGGAGGUGUUUUCUUUGUUGAUCAGAUACCGAAGAGCGCUUCCGGCAAGAUACUCAGAAAGGAGCUGCGGUCGAGAGGGAGGCCGCCGACGUCUAUACAGGCCAAAUUAUAG